UUGCCUUUGGUAUUAUUUGCAUGAUUGUAUUGUUAUAUUUUGUAAUUAAUUGCUCUUAAUCAGUGCAUGUGCUGAUCAUCAGCGCUUCGUACGCCAGUGACGCGUUGAGUCAUGUGACACCGCUGCUGGUGACGUACAGCGUGAGUUUCUUUCCCCGUCUCUCGCACACAGAGAUCGACUACACAUAAACAAGAGUGAGGGCCUUUGUGAUACGCUCCUCGGCAGCACUGCACAGGUCUACUUGAGUUUUAUUUAAGAAGUGUGUGGCCGCUACAGCCGCGCGUCUCUGGCGGGAUUUGACACAUGAGCGCGGGUUGAUGUUCUGAGUUUUGAAGCACAUAGAGGACACAAAAUACUCAUAAUGAACUGAUGAUCAUGUCCAUCACCUCAAGUUUUCAAUCGAUGGUCUAUAAGAUUGGAUAACCGCAAUAAUUACUUGGGUAUCUCACUAGAGACUGGCUAUAAAGAGCCAUGGCUAGCAGGAGAAAGUCCACCAUUCCAUGCAUGAUUCCUGUAAAGACCAUGCGUCUGCAGGAUGACCUUGAACCGGACAGACUGUGCCCUUCAACCAAGGACAUUGACUUCUCCUUCGGGGAGGUGUCAAGUAGAAAAGGUAGUCCUAGUUUGGGUGAGUCUUCUGGGCAAGAAGCAGGUGAUACUCAAAAAGAGGUUGGCACUUACACUUGUAGGCCUUGCAACUUUGAGUCCCAGGACCUAAACCUUUUCCUUGAUCAUGUCUACAGUCGGCACCCAGAUUUCCUCUUUGACCCCUGUUUUCUUUGUGUGGAUUGUGGGGUAAGUGCUGCAAAGUUUGAGGGCUUAGCACUGCACAAUGCCCGUUUCCAUCCCAGUACAAUAACCACCAACCUUCAGCUCAAGAAGAAGGAGAACAGAGUUCUGGUAGAGCAGAGUCUUACUACUGGACCUUCUGAAAAUACUAACUCUAAAGAAACAGAGAUUUCCAUCAGCAAGACACCAAUCAUGAAAAUGCUGAAGGGUAAAUCAGAACCCAAAAGGAUUGUAGUUUCUCAUGCCACCACGGAUGAUCCUCCACCCUCUAUUACUAAAUCAGUGGAGAAAAUGGACUCUCCUACUGUUACAGUCACCCAUGUGCCCACUAUUGUACACAAUGGAUCAGCUGGCAAAGUCACCCUGCCGUCAGCCAUACAGAUUGUUAAUGGCUCCGGGGCUUUACCCAUGCUGAAGACGGCUGUUACACAAGUUGUAUCUGUUGUGCAGAACAGAAGUCUCAAUCAACAAUCUGCUCCAAUCGCUGUCUCCUCUUCGCCCUCCUCUGUGACCUCCUCAUUGUCAAGUACCAAGAAUCUUCCAAAAGUCAUGAUCCCUCUCAGCAGCAUUCCUACCUACAAUGCAUCCAUGGACAAUAGCAGUUUCUUAAAGACAUCCUUUAGCAAGUUCCCUUAUCCAACCAAGGCUGAGCUGUGCUACCUUACAGUAGUUACCAAGUACCCUGAGGAGCAGAUAAAAAUCUGGUUUACUGCACAGAGGCUGAAACAAGGAAUCAGCUGGUCUCCAGAGGAGAUUGAGGAUGCCCGCAGAAAGAUGUUCAAUACAAUCAUACAGGUGGCACCUUCUACUGGGCAGCAGCAUCGACAGACCCAACAAACCACAUCUCAGCCGACUAUCACAGUUCUGGGCACAACUGGGAUCUCUCACAUCUUACAAGGUAGCCUGGUUGGGCAAGGAGGAGUGAUUGUAACCCAGCCUAUGAUGGCUAAUGGAAUUCAGGUCAGCAGUGCUCCUGUCGCACUCGCUGUAACACCCAAGCCUCAGGCUGCUGCAAAGCCUAUGAUGCAGGCAAGACCCGCUGCAGCCUUGGUGGCCGAAAAAGGAAUCAGCAUGGUUUUAGGGACUGUUGGUAGCAGCAGUAGUGGAAAUUGCAGCAGUAGCAGCAAUGCUAGUACUAGCAGCAGUUCAAGCAGUAUUAGAAGUAUUAGCAGCUUAAGUAGCCAGGAUUGUGUAAUCAGUAUUGGUGGCAGUAGCACUGCCAAGUCAAAUGGCAACAGCAAUAUUAAGGUCAAAACAAAUGGUACUAAUGACACUUGUGUUAAAAGCAAUGGUAAUAUUUUGAAAAGUACUAGUGAAGGUAAAGGCAACAAUAAUGACACCAAGAGUUUGAGCAACAGUGGUGCCAGUCCAACUGACAGUGCCACCGCAGCCACCUCAUUUAUAUCUACACCUACCACAGAUAGCACAACACCAAAUAAAUCAGACUCCCCAUCUCUGAUCUCCAUGAACUCUCGCAUUUUCUCCACCACUAACAUCCUGGACCCCAGCUUUAGCAAAGCCAAAAAGUCCCAGGUACAGCUGGCAGCCUUAAAGGAGAGCUUUCUUCUUAGCCAGUUUCCCAGUCAAGAGGAAGUAGACCGGCUUAUCAGCCUAACCGGUCUGUCUGUGCGUGAGGUACGGAAAUGGUUCAGUGACCGGCGCUACCACUUCCGGAAUCUGAAGGGUUCAAAAUCAAGUGCUGGCGGUCCAACUGGAGGAGCUAGUGGUAGUGUUUCCCAACUUGAUACAGUUGCUGCUGUAGACCUGUCAGAGAACAGUACACCCCCAGAGAGGCCCAAAACUCCCCAGCUGUCAUCUCUCAGCCCCACGCAGACAUCAUCCCCACCAACCCCUACACGACGUCAUCCACGACCACCAUCACCAGAUUUUACUGCUAUACGGUACAAAGAACGGGAGCCUCACCAGGUCCGCGCUUUAGAGGCCAGCUUUGCACAGGACCCAGAUCCACCAAGUGAAGAAGUUGACCGGUUGAGGACCGAAACAAAGAUGACUCGUCGUGAGAUCCAUGGCUGGUUUGCUGAGCGGCGGAGGAGGGUGGCAGCAGAGAAGAAGAAAGAGGAAGCCGAGAGGGUGGAAAAGCAAGAAGAUAAUGAGGAAGAGGUAGAAGAAAAAGAGAAAAUGAGCAAUCAGGAGAUACUUGAAGCUAAAGAUCUCUCCUUUGAGACACAACAAGGCCAAGAGGAAAAACAGAAGGAUGAGACUGGUUCUGAGCCAAAAGUUAACCCUAUCAAGAUCAAUCUCAAAAUGCUGAAAGUUACUGAAGCUAAUGGAAAAGUUGAGCCAGAGGAAGGUCAACUGCCCCAGAUCGAGGCUAAUAAAGUGGUGCAAUCCAUCUCUCCGACAACUAUUGCUCAGAAUUCCCCAUACCGAGGCAAGAAAACACCCGAACAGCUCCACCAACUUAAGCAAGUCUUUGCACGCACCCACUGGCCCAGCAGUCCCCAGUACAAUGAACUGAUAGCUAAAACUGGCCUAUUGCGACCAGAGGUGGUACGUUGGUUUGGAGAUUGCCGCUAUGUCCUGAAGAAUGGUCAGCUCAAGUGGCUCGAGAGUUACCAGACUAUGGUCGAUGAAGAAGACUUCCAGAAAGCUAACAUUAGUGUGCUGAAAGAGCACCUGGAUGCCCAUGGUAAACUAGAUGAGAGUAAAUUGGAGGAGAUUGCCAAGUCAAGUGGGUUAGGUGAGGAAUCAAUCCGGCGGUGGUUCGCAAAUAAAACGGCACUUUUAUUGGAGGAUAAAAAGUCUGAGAACAUAAAAAGCAUCAUGGCUGAAUCAUCUACUGCAGCAACCCCAACCGAAGCUGCUCUAACAUUACAGCAUCCAGACCCAGAUGCAAAUGUUGAGCAAUCUGUAAGCAAGGAUCAAACCACAAAGUUGACAGUUGAAGCAUCCACUAAUGAGUCGGACUGAAGAGGAAUGUGGAAACAUCAAUGUGUCCAAGAGCACAGAGAUGUCACCCCAUGGGAUUAUUGCACAGAAGACCUUUAUUGGGAUGAUACUUUUGGGUUCGGGGGGGGGGGUUGAUGUCAGAUAAGAUUAUGAUCUCUCCACAAAUUAAUUUUCUUUUUUCUUUUUCAACUGUUGGAGGCAUGGGGUAGAUUAUCUUGUGUCUAGAUAACCACCCACUUUUUUUAUUUGGACAGAACAGAGGGGAAAAUAGAUUUUGGCCUCGAAAUGAGACACCUGAAUGAAUAUCCACAUAGAAGUCUUCUUAGAUGAUUAUUUCCUUGCUGUAAAUGUGGAAAAGUUACUAUUUUAAGGGACUUAAAGUGGUACGAAAUGCAAACUGCACAACUCUCAUUGAGCUCUUUUGUAAUUCUUAAAUAUGACUGACAAUAUUGCACCUCAGAGGGGUUUAGCAGUAUGCUGUAUGUGAAGCAUCAAUACCACGGCACGCCGUUUUGUCUGAAAUGUCAUUGAGAGCAAAAUAACUAAAAUCAUGACUAUCAGUGUCAAAACUGUUUCACCUGUGUGAAUGUGUAGGCUAUGAUUUUUUACAAAUAUUAUUUGCAGAAUAAAUACAUUUAAUGUAAAAAGAAACAAAAAAAAAAAAAACACAAUUGGUCAUGUAUUUUUAGGUUUGAAAAGAACAGUCAACUCUGUUUUUGAAUAAGUACUUUAUUUAUUCUCAGGCUUGAUUAUGUUUCAUAUGAAAAGCAAAAUUAAAAAUGUUUACUUCCUCCAAUAUAGCAUAGGCACAUUACAGAAAAGGCUUGGUUUGUAAAUAAGAACAUUUUUGACAUGUUGAUGCAUGAAAGCAUAGAAAAGGCAUACAUGUCCAGCAGGGGGAUCUUUCAUUGAUGUAUAUAUGUAUACAUAUACACCAAGGCACAUGAAAGUUGAUGCAAAAAAAUGAUUUACAGAAUGAGAAGGGCUAUGUCCGUAUAGGGAAAGGGAUUUAAUGCUGAAGGCAAUAAGCAAUGAAUGCAGGAGGAAUGGAGUGAAAUUCCUUCAAAAUGAGUUUGGCCUUGUCUUUUACCUCUUUUAAAAGCUCAGGAAGUCAUUAUGGUCCCUGUAUGUCUAGAGAACAUUAUGCAAAUUUGAUAUACAUAAAACUUUGAGAGGAAUUUAUUCAUGCAUGCAUCCAACGAGAUGAAAUCAAUCGCUUGAAUUAAACAUCAUUCCAAGUUAAAAUGCCCCCAGCAUUUUGCAUAUGCCCUAUCAGGUAAAUAUACACAAAAUUGCUUUGGGAUUCAACUUCUAGAUCAUAUGCUUUCAGACCAAAAGCAGUCAUGCACUGAAUCGAAUACUGCAAUAACAGUUGCGUCACCUAGCAGCUAAAAUGCAAAAAAGAAAAUAUUUCUUAAGGUCUGCAAAGCAUUGUAUUGUAAAAACACACCUGGACUCCAAGGUCAAAUGGAGAGACAGGAAAACCAUCAUAAUGGCUUCUAUCUAUGGCUGUACGACUAAACGAUUAUUCUCAGAGCUAUGCAGCAUGUGGAUGUGUGCAGUUCAGUGACAUAUCUUAGCCUCUACUGGCUAAACAUGAGAACGGCAUGGAACUGCUGAGCUCCUACAAUAAAUAUGGCCUUAGUAACUGUACAUCAACUGUAAAUACUAAAGUGUUGCAGUCUUAGCCUGUUUAUCUGUUACUAACAUAACCUGUAUCAGACAAACAAUAUGGCAUAAUACAAAUUUAUAAUGACUGCUUGGCACAAGAUAAAUAUAUCUAAAGAAAGAUUUGCAGAUUUAGCAAAAAUGCCCUUGUACUCUACAAUAACACAAAAGUUGGCCAAUUUUGACCAAUUUAUCAACAAAUCCCAAAGUUCUCUUCCCAGAAAGUUUAAUGCUCAAGGUGUUCUGCUGAUCCAAUAUACUGAGACAAACAUAUUUGGUCCCAAUUUCUCAUAUUAGUCACCUGGAAUGCUUACCUUCGGCUUUCUUUCAACAGACUCGGCAGAUAACGAACUACUAAUGGUACUAAAUAAUACAUAAAACUUAUUUGAGCUGAUAAGAUGUAUUAAAACAGUGUCAGGAACCAUAUAUUUUGAGUGCUAAAACAUGGAGGCAUCAUAAUGAUAAAAUCACAGAAAUAGUUUUGUAAAGCAUAAAACAUUCUGAAAUUAGAUGGUCCAAGUUCCGAUCUGUGAACUAAAUGCACAAUAAUUUGCUUCCAACACUCCUGUAGCCCAUUACAGGCUUACGAACUCAACUUGAGCUGUUUGUGAACUUAAGUCCGCUCAAACAGACUGGUAAAACCUAAAACAAGGAGAGAGAUAUUGUUCUCUGGUCACUUGAUAACAUCAGUAAAGACUUUAUAUAAAAAAAGAAAAA